UCUCCGCCCACUGCGAUGGUUCCUUGUUCCCAUUGGCUCCAUGUGCUUGUAAAUGUAUGACAUUGCAAAGUGUUCAGGCACUGGAGAAAGACAUUCGACUUGGGAUGAGAUUCUAACCCGUAGUUAUGGUGACUCAACUUAGGAGGAACGGAAUGCUGCCUGUCUUUGAUUCAGCAUUAGGUUUUGCCAAGAAAGUCAAAGUCCCUUGUCGUGUUCCUUUGCUGUGUGCACUAAACGCAGAGGAACUUGCUGUAAAGGCGCCGAAAAUGUCCUACGACUGAAAUACGAGGAUUUUGCCUCGUUUCAUACGCAAGAAGAGGCAAGAGAAAGAGUCAUGGGAAUGCUUGAAAGAAGAUUGCUCGUCUCUUUGGGCAUGCUUAUGCUCCCCGUGCUCUGCUUUACGCGUACAUCAAGUAAAGCGGUCUCGGGUGACGCCAGCCCUGACGCCCAGAGCACGCUGCCCCACUUCCUGUUAGAGCCCGAGGAUGCCUACAUCAUCAAGAGCAACCCGGUGAAGCUGAAGUGCCGAGCAGUGCCCGCCCUGCAGAUCUUCUUCAAGUGCAAUGGGGAGUGGGUGCAUCAGAACCAGCACUCAUCCCAGGAGUACAUGGACGAGAGCACAGGCCAGAGGGUCCGCGAGGUGAUGAUAAAUGUGACACGACAGCAGGUGGAGGACUUUCACGGCCCCGAGGACUACUGGUGUCUCUGUGUGGCCUGGAGCCACCUGGGUACCUCCAAGAGCCGCAAAGCCACCGUUCGCAUCGCCUACCUGCGGAAGAACUUUGAGCAGGACCCUCAGGGGAAGGAGGUGCCAAUCAAAGGCAUGAUCGUGCUUCACUGCCGGCCCCCAGAGGGAGUGCCCAUGGCUGAGGUGGAGUGGCUGAAAAAUGAGGAGCUGUUGAGCUCAAUCACUGACGACAACAUCGACACACGUGCCGACCACAACCUUAUCAUCAACGAGGCCCGUCUGUCCGACUCGGCCAACUACACAUGCCUGGCUAGCAACAUCGUGGCUAAGAGACGCAGCGCCACGGCAACCGUUGUGGUGUUUGUAAAUGGUGGAUGGUCUUUGUGGACUGAGUGGUCAGCCUGUAAUGUGAAUUGUGGUCGAGGCAUUCAGAAGCGCACCCGCACCUGCACCAAUCCUGCUCCCCUGAAUGGAGGUGCUUUUUGCGAGGGCAUGUCUGUACAAAAGAUCACCUGCAAUGCUCUCUGCCCUGUUGACGGCGGCUGGGACGAGUGGGGGGAGUGGAGCCCGUGCAGCGCCCAGUGCGAGAGGCAGCGGGCGAGGGAGUGCACGGCGCCCGCGCCCCGCCACCGUGGCAAGAUGUGCGAGGACGAGAGCCAGGCCACGGAGAACUGCACGGGAGGCAUGUGCACCGAGAAUCGAAAGCUGCUGCAUGAUGUAAAACCUCAAAGCAUGGAAGGCACUAAUGAUGUGGCCCUUUACUCGGGGCUGGCAGCUGGGGUCAUUGCGGUUGCCGUCCUUGUUGUGGCUGUCACGCUAUACAGGAAGAGCCAGAGCGAGUAUGGAGUUGAUGUCAUCGAUUCGUCGGCGCUCACCGGAGGCUUUCAAUCCUUCAACUUUAAGACCACCAGACAAGGCAACCCUCUCCUACUGAAUUCCUCAAUGCAGCCCGAUAUAACAGUGGGCCAGACCUACAGCAGCCCCAUCUGCUUUCAAGACUCCAUAGACAAAGAGCUCUUUGACCCGCUGCCCGACAUCAAGGUCAAAGUUCAGAGCUCCUUUAUGGUUUCACUAGGUGUGGCCGACCGGGCAGAGUACCACGUCAAAGCCCACCCCGAGACCUUUCCCCGCGGCCUGGACCGAGACUGCCACACCAUGGACGGCCGGAAAAGAAACCUGACCCUGCUCUCACGUCCCGGCGCAGUCACGGCCAGCAAAUCACAGCCGAGAACCACAGGUGUCUUUGGGCAUCUGGGCGGCCGUCUGGUCGUGCCAAACACCGGGGUGAGCUUGCUCGUAUCCCAUGGGGCCAUAGCUGAGGACACCUCUUGGGAAAUGUAUAUGGUGAUAAAUCAGAAGGAAUCCAGUGUGAAGGCAGCGGAGGGCUAUGAAAUUCUCCUGGCGCCAGAGGUGACAUACGGUCCCCCGGGGCUCGACCUCUCCUUCCCUGUCGCAAUGACAAUUGCCCACUGUGCCGAGGUCAACGCCGCAAACUGGAACAUUCAGCUCAAGAGACAAGCAAAGGACAACAAGUGGGAGGAAGUGAUGUCAGUGGAGGAUGAGUCAACAUCCUGUUACUGUCUAAUGGAGGCCAACUGCUGUCAUGUGCUGUUGGACCAGCCUGGCUCAUACGCCCUUGUGGGCGAAGCGCUCACUGAGGAGGCCGUGAAGAGGAUGAAGCUAGCCAUCUUCGGCAGCAUCGAGCCAAACACCAUGGACUACAGCCUCCGGGUGUAUUGUGUGGAUGACACACCGUAUGCCUUUCAGGGUGUGGUUACCACGGAGACGAGCAAAGGUGGACAGCUUCUGGAGGAGCCCAAGAUUUUACUCUUUAAAGGAAACACUCUCAGUCUGCAGGUGUCCAUCCAGGACCUCCCCCAGUUUUUAUGGAACAUCAAACCCUUCACUACCUGUCAGGAAUUCUCCUUCUCCCAAGUGUGGUGCAGCAACCAGCAACCCUUGCACUGUGCCUUCCUACUGGAGAGAUAUAGCUCGGCCACCACUCAGCUGUCCUGCAAGAUCAGCGUACGACAGGUCAAGGGCCAUGAGCAGAUUCUGCAGGUCUACACUUCUGUCGCCGAGAGUGAAAAACAGACGGUUCCAUAUUUUAUGCAGGCAGACUGCACAGUCACCUCGCACACAGGGGCCAAAGCCUUCAAAAUUCCGCUGUCGAUCCGACAGAGGAUCUGCGCCACUUUCGACACUGCCAACGCUAAAGGCAAGGACUGGCAGCUCUUAGCACAGAAGCUCCACAUAGAGAGGAACCUGUCCUAUUUUGCGAAGCAGAGGAGUCCCUCCGCCGUUAUCCUGAGCCUGUGGGAAGCUCAGAACCAGGACAAUGGUGACCUUGACUCACUAGCCAGCGCCUUGGAGGAGAUAGGCAAGAUCAACUCGAAGCACCAGCUCAAGAGCCCGGAGGACCCCCAAGACUGUAACCAAUGAGGAGCAAAGUAACAACCUGUGUAAAGGGGGGGGGGGGAAAUAACAACAACAAAAAAAACACAAUUAAACAAACAAAAAAUUGUCAAUUAUAAUCAUGCUUGGCAAUCGCCAUGUGGUCGGAGAAUGCAAACUCAAUCCCUGCAUCUCCUGGGUUAGUCACAGGGGAGGUAGGGUCAAAGUGAGUCCGCGGCAACGUGUCAAUUACCCUAAAAAGCAAACUGUUCAAGUGCUUUGUACGAGCAAAAUAUCAUCUGUCAGAUCUUGCUUGUAGAUCAAAGGCACUGUAUUCUAUAUGUGUGGGUGUGCGCGUGGUGGUAAUCUUUUUUACCAUAGAAUGAAUAAAGGAACUUGGUACCAGUCUACUGCAGCCAAAAGAAAGUUUAACUUCUUCUUUCAAGUCAUCUCCUUCAUGUCAUAUUUUGUAUGGAGGCUUUAUUCUCAAUAUGUGUUGUUAAGCGUGAUCUCUGUCUCCUACACAUGCGUGUAUAUCUACCUUUGCAUUAUGUCUCUGCUUGUACUCCUUUCAUUCAAGUCUGCCUUCAAAAAGGACUGCAUUGCAUUUGAUGUGUCUGUUUUUUUGUUUCUUUUGUUGUUAUCUGUGUUUUGUUUACACCUAAGAACCUGUGAACUUACAUAGAAGCUCCCAGUUCACUCUAUACCUACUAAACACUUUCUCACAGUACCAAACUCACAAAGUAGCAUUUUUCUCUGACCAUGAUAACUACAAUUUCUGUGUUUGUAAUAAUCCUUUCCUCUCCGAGCUUUGGUCUAUGGUGUUUGAUCUUAUUUGCAUAUAUAUUGACUCUUACAUUUUCACAUUUGUACCAAAUAGCAGAGGAGAAUUUAAAAUGCUACACUAGGGACGGUGUUGAUUUCUCCCCCCCCCCCUUCCAUCCAGAUACAUACCACUACGGUGAAGGAAAAGGGGGCUGUGGAUAGUGUAUCUACACAAAACUGUGAUUGGAUGGGAAUAUACUGAGUGCUGGUUUUGACGUUAGAACAGUCCUUUGUUUCUUGCUGCAAAGGAACCUACUAAAAUCAGCUCACCCUUUACUUAUAUCAGGUCUCCAGAAAUAUCAGUACAUCACACCACAUAAUCACACCAGCAGAAGACCCUUGGAAGGGACUCUAUCUGGAAGCUCAGCUUUUUUCCUCUCACAAGUGUAUCUCAUAAGGCAUAUCUACUAUUUACUAGAAAUUACUGGUCAUGUUUAUUUUUUGCUGAAUCACAAAUAUCACAAAUCCUCAAAUUAGGAAGAUAUAUUUAAUGUUUUCAACAAAUAUUUUCACUUACCUUUAAUUUGAACUUGGUUAGUUGGAUUUAGUUUAUUCAACAUUUCUAUGACCUAAACGUACAUAUGUUGCUCAGGUUCAGACAUUAUGCAAGGUUAGCAGGUCUACAGAAAUAUGCACAUCUGCUGGACAUACCACUACAUCCACAAACAGUGUGCUGCAAAUGUUUUUCUGUGUCACAGAGGAUAGGCCUGCCGUUAACCUCAUAACAACAUUAUAUUCCACUCUUGCUGAAAAAAAAACACCUAUUAUAAAAAAAAAAUCAUUUUAUUCAAAUGUUAUGUGUCUACUGCUCCCAACAGCAUUUGCUCUGUCUUUGUAUAUACUGUUGAGACAUUGCAACAACAUGUUGACCAUGGAUUGAGGACUGCUAUUACAAAAACUAAAGAUUAGGGGCUUGUUGUAAUGGUGUUUUUCCCUCCUAGCUUGCUUGAACAAGCCAUGCGACUCUGUCCUGUGCCACGCCGAGCCUAGGUUGUCUUACCAUAUGCUUUGGCAGUCGAGCUGAUCUUUGCUAUGCCAUGAAUCUCGGCACUGCUUCAGAGCAGGAUCAAAGUGCCAGCCAGUCCCCGCCUCGGCCAUGUGGGGUUCCAACCCAGAGUUCCUGACUAGUAGGUGAAGCAUGACAUCAAGCAGGGUGCAGGAGGAACUGAGUAGAGAGGGUGUCUUAUUUAGAAAAGCCUUGGUGAAAUCACUAUACAACAAACAGGUUUUCCACUGUUAGUGAGGAGGAAGACAACAAAGGAGCUAUUACCAUGGACAUCCUGGCAAAGUGGAAGGCCAGCUGUAUAGAGGUAUUCAUUGGAAGAAUAAUAUUAAUUGGGGAUGAACAUAUGCAACAUUCAGAUGAAAGUAUUGAGAGGGUCUGUCACCCAAAACAGUGUCCUAACUGGCGGAAGUGAAGGACCACUGUGGUGAGAAAGGGAUUUAAAAAGGUUCCUUUAGACAUGGGCAGUUUGAGCCUGAGACAUGUCAUCAGAGUAAUCAGAGCUUUCUCCUGUGCCAUCACCAUAAUGGAGAUAAAACCGGAGCCAUGCCCUUCGAGUCUGGAUGUUAUCACGGCAUGGCACAAUUUAAAAGGUUGUGGGAAAAAUGGCUGCAGUUGCUGAACUGUGACUGUCAUAUUCUACCAACAAACCAUUUGAUGUCCCACUGACAAGUCUUUUUCCACUCUGCCAACAAGUUAAGUCUUGCAAAUAUUCUAUCAUCCAUUUAUUCAAAUAUUGGAGGUCUGCAAAAUGUUGUCUAUUGCAUAAAAAACAAAAGUAUAUAAAGGCUAAAGUAUGGUGAGGUAUGUUUUGCUUUGAGGCUAAUUUGUGGUUCUUAUUUUAGUGUUUCAUUUGAUUUCAUUUAUUUUGUAAAUGCAAGCUUUGUAAUGGCAUUUUAAUGGUCAUAUAUUACACAUGUAGUACCACAAGCUUCUAUCUUGCAAUUCUCCUAAGUUUUUUUUUUAAAUAAUACAGUAUUGCUUUUCAUCAGAUACAAAGUUUUGUAUUAUGUGAUACAAAGUUUAGUUAAUUCUUAAGUUUUUUUGUUUUGUCAUUUGUUGUUGAAUGUGUGAAAUCUUUUUCUGUGUCUUGCUUAAACAUGGUUUUCACUUCCAUUCAGUAUUGUCAGAGAAACAGAGAGAAAUGUAACAAGCACUGUCUUUUCAUUGGAAAUGUGUUGCUGUCAUUGCUGCAGUAGGCCUGUGCAUGAAAUGUGGUGGUCCUUGCAGUUGCUCUUGCCAUCUCAUUCUCUGGAAGCAUCAUCACAUCUUCACAAAAGGAUGCAAAUGUGAGAUUCCUGAUUAUAAGAACAUACUUUUGUUUUUUUCGGGGUCAUACAGCCAUUUCAUCAUGCACUUUCAAACACUAAUACCUAAUAGUAUAAUUGUCUGAUACGGGCAAGUAAUUUGGCAUCUGCCUGCCUUUUCCCAGUCUGUUGCGCUCCAUCAAAAUGUUCGUAUUGAUCAAUUUCACAUUCUUCUUUUGCUGGAUUUGGAAUAGAUUUUUUUAAAAGGAACACACUUAGGGACCUUUCUGACUGGUCGGUGUUCCAAUUUCCUAUUUUAUCUAAUUCAGAAACUAUUUUUGUACUUCCUUAUUUCUCGGCCAUUUUCAUCGAUUUGGUCCAUUUGGAUGUUCUAGGUCAAAUCUGUUCACUGACGUCUCUGUUGGUUCAAGCGUUCCAGCCCACCUACAUCUAGUCCAACUGCUCUCUCACAUGCACGUGUUCAGUUGCUCUGCUCUCUCCUCAACCCACAUAUAGCAUCUGCUUCUCCAAGCUCAGCUUAGUGUGUGUACAUAUCAUGUUUUCAUGUCUGUAUGUCUGAGAUGUGAAUGAAUAUCCGUGUAUGUGUGAUUCACUUCAAAGACAGCUUGUCUUUUUAUUUUUAUUUGCAGAUAUGUUUGGACACUGAAUGGAAAUUUCUGGUUGGUUCUUGUCACCACACUUAUUUAGGAUGGCAGUUCUCUCUCUCUCUGUCCAUAUCACGCAUGGCCUUCAGCUUCAUUACCACUAUUCUUGUGCCUUGUUUAUCUACUGUAAAUGGUGAAUGUUGUUAAGUACAGGCGGGGCUGAAAAACAAAACCAUAGUUCAUUGCAUCAAAAGGUAUAUAUGAGUAUACUAUUGGGUAGGCAGCAAGAGCUUUUUUUCUAGUGCAAAACAUCCAUGUUUGGUAUUGCCGGGGCAGCUUGUGGUAUAAUGUAUCUAUAAUUAUGAACAUUUUGGAUGUUUUCUGUACAGUAGAAUUUGCAGAUGUAUAUGCAGCCUUUUGGAAAUAAAUGUACAGUUGAAAUUGA